AUGUAUCCCCAUGGGUAUCAUACUCCUCCCCCGUAUCCGCCUCCUGGUCGGGGAGCAGGAAAUCCACCUCAACAUGGACAAUAUGCACCACCACCUGGACCACCACCUUCAGCGCUUUAUAGACCACCUCCCGGACCGCCUCCUCCAAUGCUAGGCGGCUAUCCAUAUAGACCAGCUACAUAUCCUCCUCCACCAGAUAGGCCGCACAGUCUUCCUCCGCAGCCUCAUCGAGUGAAUACUUUGCCUCCGACAUCUGCACCCGCACUGCCUCCACGGCCUAGUCCUCGACCUAGUCCACGACCCAGUUCAAUAUCCACUUCUAUACCGCCAUAUCAAAAAUACCCUCCUCCAUACGCAUCAUUACCCCCCACACCACCACAAACACCUCAGGCAUUCGGCCACGGCGCCCCAUCAAGCUACCAAUUCCAAUACUCAAAUUGCUCCGGCAAACGCAAAGCAUUACUGAUUGGCAUCAACUAUUUCGGUCAGGCCAACCAGUUGAGAGGAUGUAUCAACGACGUGACUCAAAUGUCAAUUUUCCUCAAUGCGGUUUAUGGCUAUAGACGAGAGGAUAUGGUGAUUCUGACGGAUGAUCAGAAUAAUCCGUUAAGUCAACCAACGAAAGCGAAUAUUAUUCGGGCGAUGCAUUGGUUAGUCAAGGAUGCAAUGCCGAAUGAUUCAUUGUUUAUUCAUUUUUCGGGGCAUGGUGGCCGGACACCAGAUCUGGAUGGUGAUGAAGAUGAUGGAUUCGACGAUGUGAUCUAUCCCGUCGACUACAAAGUUGCAGGUCAUAUCGUGGAUGACGAUAUGCAUGAUAUAAUGGUCAGACCACUUCGACCCGGCGUCCGACUUACAGCUAUAUUCGAUUCGUGCCAUUCCGGAACUGCACUAGACCUGCCAUUCAUCUACUCUACUCAGGGAGUGUUAAAAGAACCGAAUCUAGCCAAAGAAGCCGCCCAAGACCUCUUCAGCGCCUUCACUGCAUAUGGCAAGGGCGAUCUAGGAGGCGUUGCCCAAACGGCUAUUGGAUUCUUCAAGAAAGCCUCGAUUGGCGACUCGGCGCGUGAGAGGAGGAUGAUGACCAAGACCUCGCCGGCGGACGUAGUCAUGUUUUCAGGAUCAAAGGAUACGCAGACUUCCGCCGACACAUUCCAAGGCGGACAGGCCAGAGGAGCCCUGAGUUGGGCAUUCAUUGAGGCAUUGCGACAGUACCCGAAACAGAGUUAUUUGCAAUUGCUGAACACUAUCAGAGCAAAGCUGGAGAGGAAUUAUUCGCAAAAGCCACAGUUGAGUUGUAGCCAUCCUUUGGAUGUACAUUUGCUGUUCGUCAUGUAA